AUGCUCAACAAAUCCAACGCUGUCCCUGCUUUCUGUGAUAAAGAGCCUGGUGCUCCACCUCCCUUCCCUCCUAUGCUCAUGGACCAGCUUGAACUAUUUGGCAGCACUCACCACUCAACUAUGCUCAUUGCCGACGAGAUUCUUCCUUCCAGAAUCAGUACUGUUGUUCCACCCACUCAGCAUAUUAAGCACCCGCAACUCAAGGACACGCUGGUGCCUGAGUUCAAACUUGCAGUACAGCUGUUCAAGAAUGACCACUCUUCCUCACCAUACUCAAAGAAACCGUUUGAGUGUUCACAUUCACAUUCUCAAAUGCCCAUGCCCUCAGAUUCAUUGGAUUCAGCAUCAGACAGUGGCUCCUUAACUUUGACUGAGAGUCUAUCAGAAGAUUCAAAGAUACCCAAGCCCCCUGGUGAACCUGGUCAUCCAGGGCAUGGAGGAUGCACACUCCACAAGGCUUUAGACUGA